UGAGCGGCGGCCGGCGAGAGGUGGCCAACCAUUCUAACGGGAGAAUGUCAAGACGCAGUUGCCGACUGCAAGCCAAGCAGCAGCCCCAGCCCAGCCAGGGGGAAUCCCUCCAAGAACUUCAGCUCCUCCAAACGAGGAAGAGAAAACCGAUCCAGGAUGCCAAGAAAAGGAAAGACGACAAAGUCAGCAAGAGGCACCAGUAUGAAAUUCGGAGUUGUUGGCCAUCUAUGUUGACUGGAGGUAUCAGUCCUUGCAUCAUAAUUGAAACGCCACAUAAAGAAACAGUCACCAGUGACUUCUCUAGAUUCACCAAUUAUCGGUUUAAAAAUCUCUUCAUAAAUCCCUCACCUUUACCUGACUUAAGCUGGGGAUGUUCUAAUGAUGUCUGGCUAAACCUGUUAAAUAAAGAGACCAAAUAUGUUCACGACAAGCAUUUUGAAGACCUGCAUUCCGAUUUAGAGCCACAAAUGAGGUCGAUACUACUGGACUGGCUUUUAGAGGUAUGUGAAGUAUACACACUUCACAGAGAAACAUUUUACCUUGCUCAGGAUUUCUUUGAUAGAUUCAUGUCGACACAAAAGAACAUAAACAAAAAUAUGCUUCAACUCAUAGGAAUUACCUCAUUAUUUAUUGCUUCCAAAUUAGAGGAAAUCUAUGCUCCUAAACUUCAGGAGUUUGCUUAUGUGACUGAUGGUGCCUGCAGUGAAGAAGAUAUCCUAAGGAUGGAACUCAUUAUAUUAAAGGCUUUAAAAUGGGAACUCUGUCCAGUAACCAUCAUCUCCUGGCUGAAUCUCUUCCUCCAAGUUGAUGCUCUGAAAGAUGUUCCUAAAGUUCUUUUACCUCAGUAUUCUCAGGAAAAGUUCAUUCAAAUAGCACAGCUUUUAGAUCUGUGUAUCCUAGUUCUAGAUUCACUUGAGUUCCAGUAUAGGAUAUUGGCUGCUGCUGCCUUGUGCCAUUUUACCUCAAUUGAAGUAGUUAAGAAAGCUUCAGGUUUGGACUGGGAAAACAUAUCUGAAUGCGUAGACUGGAUGGUACCUUUUGUCAAAGUAGUAAGAGGGGCUGCUCCUGUGAAGCUAAAGUCUUUUAAGAAGGUUCCUGUAGAAGACAGGCAUAAUAUUCAGACCCACACAAAUUACUUGGCUAUGCUGGAUGAAGUUAACUAUGUAGCAGCUCUCACCGAAGCAGGCCAGUUAUCACCAGUGUGUAACGGCGGCAUUAUGACCCCACCGACCAGCACGGAAAAAUCACCAGCAAAACACUAGAGAAUAACUGCAGCAGCUGAUGACUGAAACAAGGGAUUUUUUUUUAACAUCACGGUAGAAUGACUCCGAUCCGAUUGGAUUACUAAAGCUUUACCGAAACUUAAUUUUACAAUGGUCUUUUCCAAUUUAGACACUGCACUGCAAUACCAGCUAAAGGACCGACCUGUAAUCGGGUCCUUGAAAAAUAGGAAACUGGAUCAGUUUACAAGACUUAAGGAAAGUGGAAGGUAGCAGGCAGGAGUCAUUUCUACCACACUGCAAGUUUUUAUAUCUUGUUAGGCUAAGUUUACUGUGAUAAACUAGGAAUUUUAAAUUUUUAUGGACAUUUGGGCUGGUUAACAGUCAAAAUCAAAAAAGCUGAGCCUAAUUUUUAGACUGUCAAGUUCAUAGUUGGUGCUAGUUAUUUAUUGAGCAAAUAUUGCAUCUGUUUACAUUGUUCUAAGUUUAAGAUGACAUGCAGCUGGGACAGGAUGCUGUUACAAUCUGAUUUUUUUUACUAUGUUUGAAAAAUGCAAGGUUUAGCAACUAACAUGAAUUUUCCAUUAUUAUAUUUUUUUCCUCUUACCUUCUCUUGACUUUGAGGCCUUAAAAGCUUAAAGGCCACCAGUCAUCCAUACUAACCCCUUCCAUAAAAAGGGUUCCUUUAUUGGGGCCAGGGCCCCAGAGAUACUACUCAAAACCAAAUGGAAACAUUCCUUCUAAUCCUCAAUGCUAGGAAGGGAGAGACUCCUAUUUUGAUGAAAAGGUAACCUUUUUCAUGGUGUACGAUGUCACAAGGAAGUUUCUACACAUGUAAUCGAAACAAGGAUGUCAUCCCUCCAUAAAACUUCCUAAAGUAAAUUCAGUUCUUUGUAGUGAAAUGGUAGCAUUCUGUUCUUGAAAGGCCAUUUUGGUGUGGAGAGGAGGGGAACGACUAUAUGCUAACUUUUAGAAAAUGCAAAUCUAAAAAGAAUCGUAUAUGUGAAGCAGGAUUCAGUCCAAGAACGUAGGGGAAGCAGCUGGGCACUUAAUCACAAGAAAAAUUGAUGGGCAUAAAAUAAUUGCAUCUCAAUAUGCUUAUUUCAUUCAGCCUGGACACAGGAUUUAAUCAGAAAAUUAACUGAAUUGCUACUUUACUCUUGUCACUUGACAUGUAAAUAUUUUCUUCCUUUGAAGAAAUCAACAGAUUUAAGCCAUUCUCGAUAUGGUGUGAGGCCUUCUGUAUAGUUUUAUAAGAUUUUUUUCCUAUGAUUGUUGCAGUAUUCUAAGAAGAAAACAUCACCACUUAAAUAUGUACAUAUGUAUUGUAUAAAUUUAAUCUUAAUACUGUUUUAACAUUGUUUAAAAAUAAAAAGCUAAAAUAUUUUCCAGUCAAAA